UCGGGCAGCAACCCGACAACCCGUAACCAUCCAGCCACAUUCAAACCUCCCCUCAGCUCGGCGUCAUCUCUCCUCUCCACGUGAUCAUCCCCUAAAUCCCACCUCACAAAUCCUCCUCCCCAAACCAACCUCCGAUUCAUUCGACCGCAAAUCGCUUCCAGAUUUUCCGUGCCGGCGAUGGCGGGGACGGGCGCCGCGGCGGUGGAGAGGGCGCACGAGCUCUACAGGGGCGGCCGCCACCGCGAGGCGCUGGAGCUCUACUCGGCGGCGCUGGCGGCGGCGCGGGGCGCCGUGCAGCGCAUCGCCCUGCACAGCAACCGCGCCGCCUGCUACCUCAAACUCUACGAUUUCCCCAAGGCUGCAGAAGAGUGCACAUCUGUCCUUGAGUUGGACAUAGAGCAUGCUGGAGCUCUCAUGUUGCGUGCCCAGACUCUUGUUACUCUGAAAGAUUACCAGUCAGCUCUUUUUGAUGUGAACAGAUUGAUCGAAAUAAAUCCAUCGUCUGAAGUGUAUCGGAACCUUCAGGCAAGGCUGAAGACACAGCUGUCACUAGCCCCAAUUCCUGAGUCGGAAGAGGAAUUCAUGUAUCUUGAUGAAGAUAAAGAAGAACUGCCUUCAAAAGGAGAUAAGAAGAUUGAAACUUUCAUCGCUAAGGCUGAUCAACCUUCAACCGAACCAACCCUCGACAAAAAACCUGCAACUGAAUCUCCAAAGGUUCAGGUACCUCCCAGUCUGCUUUCAAAACCCCAGGGUUGGGAAACGAUCCCAAAACCAAAGGGCCAUUCAGGUCUUGAUUACUCGAAAUGGGAUAAAGUUGAAAACGAUUCAAGUGAAGAUGAAGAUGAUGAUGAAGAAGAAGUGCCUCGAUAUAAGUUUAAAGUCAGAAAUGUUGGUGUGCCUCAAUAGUGUUCAGACUGGUCUGUGCAUAGUCUAACAGCUUCCCUAUAUUUCCUACUAACCGAGGUCCCACUUGUUCAUAUUUAGCUGAAUUAUUUUGGAGGAACAACUGUCUAUUGGUUGGUGUUUGUUUGAAUUGAAAGCCAAUUGUAGAUGAUAACAGAACCAACUGGCCUCAUCUUGCAAACAAAACAAGUUCAGGUUUCAGAUUUCAGGAUUUUGAAACCUUAUCUGGGAGUAAAGCCCGUGAGCAGAACUUGUUCUGAAGCAAUGAGGAUGGAUAUUGCAGCAAGGUCGCUUCUGUAUAAUAACCCUCUUGGCUCAAUCUGACUCAUCAUGUAAAGGACCCUUGUGGUGCCCUGACAAAUUGUGCC